AUGGAUUUAGAUUCGAAUAAAUUUGUUUCUCAAAUACCGGUAUCCAAAAUACCUUCUCCAUCAUCACCGUUCAAAAAAUCAUAUUCUCUAAGAGUACGUGGACAAAAAGCAAAUUUAUCGACAUCAUUGCCUACACAAUCAGUAAUUCACGAAAAUUCUGAUUAUUCCAAUGGAAAAUCUUUCAAAAGUAAUCUUAUGCCAAAUCAUUUAACGAGGAGCAGGCUAAGUUGUUUAAGCAGAAAUGGUUUGGAAGACGAUUUAGAGUCAAUUGGCAGUGUCACUAGUAAUUUCAGUAUUGCAACUCAAAAUUCAUCUUGCGAACAUGUUAAUUUUGCUAAAAAUGGUACCACUUAUUCUGGUAGAAGUCAUAAAUACAUUGUACAUUGUUCAUCUGGUUGGAAUGAUCAAGAAGAAUAUUUAACUCCUACUCAAAGAGCUAAUAGAAAUAUAAAAAAAUUAAAGAGUCUUUUACAGUUAGCCAAGGAAAAAUUAAGAGAAAAAGAAGAAGAAAUAUUCAAGUUAAACAAAGAAGUUAGUGAAUUAAAAAUUUAUAGAGAAUCAGUGGAAGCAUACAAAAAUCCUCCAGACAACCAGGACCAAAUUUCUAAUGAAAGUUUUAAUGUAGCCGAAAUUCAAGCAUUGCCUCCGCAAUUUAAUAAAUCCAUUGCUCAAAAAAGCUCUGAAUUUUCACCAUUGAAAUAUUUAUCUGAUGAAUCCAGCCAUUUUAAAAUGUCACCUACUCCUUCCCAUGAUGGAAUCGGAGAUAAAAGUAGUUGCACUCCAGAUUUUUUUUUACCAUCUAUGGCAGACUCUGGUAAUUUUGAUGAUUUACCAUCCUCUGCAUCGAUAUAUUCAAAAGAUUCAAUGAGUUUUAUAUCGUCUGAAACGAAAUCGAUUCUGCAGGAUUCUAAUACGAUUAAUUGUUUUUCAUUUAAAAAUGAUUUGGAUAAUGAUACUGUCGAUGGCAGCGAAGAAAAAAAAGAACUCAUACAAAUGUAUGAAAAAAAAUUAAAUGACAAAAAAUUAGAAUAUGAAAUGGAAUUAGGAAAUCUAAUUAAAACACAAGAAGAGAAAAAUCUCAAAAUCAUUCGUGAAUUCGAUGAGAAAUUAAAAGAAGAAGAAGCAAAAUUUGAGCUCAGAUGGAAUGAUUUACUAAAAACCACUGAAGAAGAAAAAAUGCAAAUUGUAAAUAGAUUCGAAAUGAAAUUAGAGGAGGAAAAAUUGAAAUAUAGAGAUAAUUUAAAUACUUUUAAGGCUCAGGGAGGAAAAAUAAGCGAUAUGAUUUUCGAUUCGGAUUAUUGUAAGACUGUGGAAGAAGAGAAAACAAUAUAUGAGACUGCAUUGGUUGAUAUUAAGGAAAAGUUUGAGACUGAAAAAUUGCUUAUUGAAAAAAAAUUUGAUGAGGCUAUGGCAACGGAAAGAAACAAAUUUGAAGACAAUUUACAAAGUAUAAAGAAAAUUUGUGACUCUCAAGUGAAUGAUUUAACGAGCAAAGUGUCAGAAUUAGAGACUCAGUAUUCUGAACUGAUACCGAAAUAUGAAAAAGCUAUGUCACUAAAAGAAGAAUUAGAAAAGGAAAAUGAAAUGUUAAAAGCUUCACUAAAAGAACAGGAAGAAAGUCACAAAAAAAUGUAUUUGGAAAUUUAUAAAAAAGGCCAAGAAUCAGUUAGUUUCGAGGCAAACAGUCAAGAGGUUGAAAACAAAAAUGCAUCACCAAUGUCAGUGCCAGAGUUGUUUGCUCAAUUGAAAAUAACAGAAGUCGAAUUGGAAAAUUUAAAGGACAAGGAAUAUAGGGCAGCCCAUUCUGAUAGUAGUGGCUUUUGUUUACUUAGUUCUAAGGAAGCCAUAUCUCUUUGGCUUUUAGCUGCCAGAAAGGCAAUGUACAAAAGAUUAGCGGAAGCUCAGUCAAAAACGGUUAAAAACGAAAGAAGCGGAAACGAUCCGGAGGCAACGUUGCAAUUUUUAAAAUCCGCGGUUUAUUAUUUUCUAACGGAUAAAGAAAAUCAUUUGGGACAUUUGAAAGCAAUCGAAAGCAUAUUGGCAUUUUCAUCAGCGGAAAAAAGUAAUAUUGAAAAAUUUUAUUUAAAUAGAUAUUAUUAA